AAAGAGAAAUAAUAUUCUCACAUUACAGCACAAGUUCUCGAAUCAGACGUAUAGAUUCUGAUGGACAGGUAUUGGCUUUCCUCUUUGAGUUUACUUGCUGAAAGAACGUGAGUGUCAAGUGUCACUGUCAAUCUUGGCUUUUUUUUCUCGUGCGGCUGACGGUGACAUUCAACCCCACACUCUUGUCGGCUUGCAUGCAUCUGUACUUGCGGAAUGAUGACUGAGCUCAGGAUGGCAAAGAGUGCCUUACUGGAGGGACUUCUGAGCAGGCCAUACACUAAGCCUUUUCUCAAGAGACGAUGCUUCAGUGAUACCUCAGACCUGUUUGCCAUGAUCGAGCGGAUGCAGGGGUGCAGAAUGGAUGAGCAAAGAUGCCCCUUCCCUCCUCCCCUCAAAACAGAGGAGGACUACAUUCCUUAUCCGAGUGUUCAUGAGGUUCUGGGACGCAGAAGCCCCUUUCCGCUCAUCCUGCUGCCCCAGUUUGGAGGAUACUGGAUCGAAGGAACCAAUCAUGAGCCUAAAGACACACCAGAGGCUGAUUAUCCUUCCUGUCCAACCUCCCACAUUAAAUUAGAGACAAACAGCACUGCCAAGAUCUACAGGAAGCAUUUCAUGGGCAAAGAACACUUUAAUUACUACACGAUGGAUGCGGCCCUCGGCCACUUGGUCUUCUCAAUGAAGUACGAAGUCAUCGGGGAUCAAGAGCAUCUGCGCUUGAUGCUACGAACAAAACACAAAACCUAUCAUGAUGUGAUUCCCAUCUCCUGCCUUACCGAGUUUCCCAAUGUGAUCCAGAUGGCAAAGCUUGUUUGUGAAGAGGUAAACGUGGAUAGGUUUUACCCCGUCCUCUAUCCAAAGGCAUCAAGACUCAUUGUCACCUUUGAUGAGUAUGUAAUCAGCAACAACUUCAAGUUUGGAGUCAUUUAUCAAAAGUUUGGCCAGACAUCUGAGGAGGAGCUGUUUGGGAACAUGGAAGAAAGUCAAGCGUUUGUUGAGUUCCUGGAGUUUUUAGGCACAAAGAUUGAGCUUCAUGACUUUAAAGGUUUUCGAGGUGGACUUGAUGUCACUCACGGGCAGACGGGGACUGAAUCUGUCUACACAAAUUUCCAUAAUAAGGAGAUUAUGUUUCAUGUUUCCACCAAGCUGCCUUAUACGGAAGGAGACUCACAGCAGCUUCAGAGGAAGAGGCACAUAGGCAACGACAUUGUGGCAAUCGUGUUCCAGGAAGAAAACACUCCCUUUGUACCAGACAUGAUCCAAUCCAACUUCCUGCAUGCCUACGUGGUGGUGCAGGUGGAGAAUGCAUGCACCGACAACGUCACAUACAAGGACACCUACAACUGGUCAGGGCUCUUCAGUGUGUUUGGUUUCCACGGGAUAGAAGUGGAUCCGCUGACUGUGGAUAUCUCCUCGUUCUCUCUGCAGCGGGUCAUCCGCAGCAGAAGCCAGUCUAUGGACGCCAUGGGUCUCAGUAACAAGAAGUCACACACAGUCUCCACUAGUCACAGUGGGAGCUUUACCCACAAUCCCGCAGAGAGCCCCAAAACCCCAGGGAUUUCAUUGCUUGUCGCGGGGAAAAGUCCCAGUAAAUAUGGACGCCGAGGCAGUGCCAUAGGGAUAGGAACAAUAGAAGAGUCAUUGAUCAUUCCUGGGAAAAGCCCAACCAGAAAAAAGUCUGGACCCUUUAGCUCCCGCCGCAGCAGCGCCAUUGGCAUCGAGAACAUCCAGGAGGUCCAAGAGAGGAGCCGGGAAGUUUCUCCCAACACGCAGAAAACAGCAGACUGCAGCCACUUGUCACAAGAAAACAAAUCAGGCAACUCCUCCGCACACAGUUCUCCGGAGUUUGCAGCCGCAAAGAACAGUCUGGCGAUGUGUUGCAGGGCGCCUUCAAUCCCUGAGGCUCAGGACCUGUCUCGCUCCUCCUCCAACGCCAGUAGCUUCGCCAGCGUCGUGGAGGAGCACGAAGCUGAGGAGGAAUAUGAAACCGGACUGGAAAGCGUGUCUUGUGUUACCCCCAUAAAAAAGGACUCAUUCGUUUACGGCUCUGUGGCAGAGGACAGCUCCUGCAACCAAGGAAGUUUUUCAGCAGCUUCCCGUCUUCAGCAGCAAGCAGACGACGUGAAGACGUCGGAGCCAAAAGGGACGGACGGUCAGCCCAAGACAGAGCGACCCCUGCAGGAGCAGAGGCGCUCAUCGAACUGUUAGCUUCUCUCUUCUGAUCAACAUGUCGGCAUCUGUUUUCAGAAUAAUAAGUUAUAUAAGGGGAAACUGAUGCAGAGAAGGAAUAUAGGUCCUGGCCAAGAGACUGGCACAUCCUCCCUUGAAUGUUCAACAAAGAUCUGCUGUUUAUCACCACAAACAUUCACCUGUCUGGACAUGUAUCGACCUCUCGCCCUCAUUCCGUCCUCCAUGCGGAAAAACUUGUUCUCAAGUGGAAGCAGCAUCGAAGCUGACUGUCGUCUGGCAGCUGGCUUAGGACAGGACAUCUGCUCAUUCUUCAGGCCAGGAAGCACUGAUUAUUACAGUUAAACUUUCAGACAUUGUGGCUUUUUCUUACAACACAUGCAGUAAAGCAUUUGACUUUUUUUUUCUUUUUUACAGAAAGUUGGUUAAAAAAAGAAAGAUGUAAAAAAAGAAAUCAAAAUUUUUCAAAGGACUGUGCUCGUCUUGCUUGAAAGAGUUAAACACUUCAGCUACAGUGCGGAAAAGAAGUAUGUUUUUCCUCACAGGUUUUUCCUUUGUUUUUGGUCACACUAUUUCAGAUCGUUUAAGACAUAACAGAACAAGUGAAUGUUGUCUAGUUAGAUGCACGUUGUUGUUUUUUCUAAUUUUUCAUUUAUAUAAAAAAAAGCCAUACCUAACCUUAUCCAAACUAAAACCAUAACUGUCCCCCAUAGCUAAGGACUAGCUUGUUAAACCAUGACAGAAACCACUGCCAUCAAGCAACUGGUUACUGAGUGUUUUCCCACCAGGCAAAAAUUGGUUGAAAAGACCAUAUGAUUUACGUCCAAACAAAGUCUACAAUUGCUUGAAAGGUAAAAAGCUUUAUUUUCAGAUCGUUGAAAAGAAUUAGCAAACUGGGUUUUCCAGACUAAGCUUUGGACUAAAGUGGAACAAAAUCAGACGGACCAAACACAGCCCAAUUUUAACAACUAUUCCUGGACUAAAUCCAGAUUAUGACUGAAAGGCUGGAUUUAAUGAGGUCUGGUGUGUUGGAGUGUUACACCACUGUUGAUACAAAUUGUUUUGUUUUAUUCAGUCAUAUUGGAGGGUUUUCUGACAUUAACAGCAUUAAAAGCAUGUAAAUUCAGACUUUGACUAGGCCACUCAGAAGUCAACUCUUUGAAGUGCUACACUAUUGAGCUGCUCCUUAAUCCAACUACAAAACUCCGGAGAGGGUUCACCACUGUUCCAUGUCAUCUCCAUUUGUGAAGAAUGGUCUUCACGUAGGUUAGCUGCAGUCCUAAAACCUUAAAAGCAGCUUUGUAGCCCUGACAGAUGUUUUGUUCAAUUAGCUUUCCCCCCAUUCAAUGAAAUCGUGAUAUUUCUGUUUACAGAGACCAUCUUAUUUUUAUACUCAAAGUUUGAUGAUCUGAAAUAUUUAAAUGUUUCCAAAAAUCAAAGAGAUAAAUGUGUUUGGGGAAUCUUUAAUUGUCAAAUUCCCUUGCCACUGUGACACUAUAUGUAACUCUGACCUACCCAGUGAGCGUGGCUUUAUUUUAGACAAUAUUUUUCAUGAUGUUAUUCUUCCUACUGAAUAUUUCUUUUCUGCAAUGGACUGGUGACCUGUCCAGGGUGGACCCCGCCUCUCGUCCAUAGACAGCUGGAGAUAGGCACCAGCACCCCUCACGACCUCACUUGGGAUUAAGCGCGUCAGAAAAUAGAUUAUUUUUUUUUUGCUGAAAACAACGUUGGAAUAUUUAAUUUCCGCAGGUCGAUUAGUUGCUAGUGGUUCUAGCAUAACUGAUAAAGGUAGCGCUAUGUUGGAAAUGUGGGAAAAAGAAACAACAAUCAUGUUAAGACUUCUCUUCAGAAACUCUUUGUUCGUAGACACCUGCUGAUGUCUGAGUACAGUGUUUAUUCCACAGUACUGUGCAUGGUGAAAUUCUACUUGCCAAAACCCUCCUUCUCUGCACACUAACACAACGCUUCACAUAGAAGGUUGUCCUUGUGAUCUGUGUUUUAUUCUAAACCAGCUACCAUCAACAUGCAGCACAUAUUGCUGUCAGGCAGCCAAAUGUUACUGUUUCCAUCUCUAUUUGUAAAGUGUAAUAUAUAUAAAUAACUGUGACCUACUGUAAGCACUACAUUUGCUGUUCUCUAAAAAAAUGCUGACCUUUUUAAAAAGCUUGAGUUUGUUGAGAAAUGAUCACACUGUGACGUGUCUUGAAGUUGCCUUUUUCAUUGUGUCACAGAAGCUGCUUUGUUGGAAGGUCAUUUAUAAAAGGCACCAUGUUGCCAGAUGAAUGUAAAACUAUAAAGAAGAGGGAAUAUAAGGAAGGGAGAGACAAGUUGAGGAAUAUAUUUCAGUAAAUUGAUCCCUCGAUAUUUAUUAUGUAGUUUUCAGGUUACAACAUUUAUAUUGCAUACAAAAAAGAGGUUUAAGACACCAAAGUAAAGAUAGAGCACCCAUAAGUUUAUAUUAUAUUCAUUAAAGCUCUUUAUAGUAAACAAAGUGGCAUAGGAUAACAGUAAAAAAAACAUAUUAGAUGAUGCAAAAAUCAAAACAGAAUUUAGAUUCCAAAAGAAAAAGUUGACUGUUGAAAAGACUUAAGUAGAUAAAGUCUGCCCUCUUGUGGCUCUAUGUUGUUAUUGCACAUUGCUUUAUGGUCCCAUCAAUCUACUGUACGUGUUUGCACUGCAGACCAGUGUCUAUCAGCCACUUAAACACUGGCAGAAAACAAAAAAA